GUAGCUGGACUGAUGGAGAAACUUGGCCAUUCUCACGAAGCUGAUCAAUGGCGUCUGUUCAUCGACGGAUCCAAGUCAGGCCUAAAAGCAGCUCUGCUGCAUAAGGGCAAUAAACUUCCGUCCGUACCGGUAGCGUGGUCGUCCUCUUUGAAAGAGUCUUAUGCUUGUUUUGAUGUUUUACUUCAAGCCAUUAAGUACAACCAGCACAUGUGGGACAUUUGCGGAGAUCUUAAAGCGAUUUGCCUGCUACUGGGUAUGCAGACGGGGUUCACGAAACAUGGUUGUUUCAUUUGCGAGUGGGACAGUCGCGAUCGAGCUAAACACUACAAAAAGAAGAUCUGGCCACGGAGAAAAGGUUUGAUUCCUGGACACAAAAACGUGAUCCAAACUCCUCUUGUUGAUCCGAUCAGGGUGUUGCUUCCACCCCUGCACAUCAAACUUGGAUUGAUGAAAAAUUGGGUUAAAGCUCUGGAUCGAACUGGACCGGGAUUUGCGUAUUUGAAGGAGAAGUUCCCAAAGCUUUAUGAGGCGUAGGUAAAGGAAGGAGUUUUCAUCGGGCCGCAAAUUAAACUGCUGAUGAAGGACGAGACGUUUCCGAGCCAGCUGAACACCAAGGAGCUGAAGGCGUGGAACUGGUUCAAGCAGGUCUGCGAAAACUUUUUAGGGAACCAUAAAGCAAACAACUAUGCUGAGUUGGUGAAAAAACUGCUCACUUCUUACAAGGAGCUGGGCGUCAACAUGUCCCUCAAGAUCCACUAUCUUGAUUCCCAUCUUGAUUUCUUUCCGGAAAACUUGGGUGCUGUAAGCGACGAACACGGCGAAAGGUUCCACCAAGAGUUAGCUGCGAUGGAAAGUAGAUAUAAGGGAAAAGAAGCGAACAUGUUAGCUGACUACUGCUGGACCUUGCUGCGAGAGGAUAAGGAGACAGUUUACAGCAGACAAUCAGAUCGCAAGUCGUUUUAGUGUAAGUUGCAUACAAUAAACUGGUGGUGGCACAUAUGAGCGUUUGUUUGAAUCAAAUAAUGAAAUGAUUAACCCACCCCUCCCCCUAAACCCCUGACCUUUUCGAAAAAAUCUAAUGAUGGGAAUGGAUUCAGCAGACAAAAAUACAUUAAAAAUGAUCAAUUAGACUGACGAGCCAUCGACCUUUAGCCAUCUCUAAGUCAUACUUUAACAUUAAAUCGAUUUUAUUUUGAAAAAAUCAUCGAAAAUUCUAUUUUUACUCAAAAACCUGACCUUUUCGAAAAAAUCUAAUGAUGGGAAUGGAUUCAGCAGACAAAAAUACAUUAAAAAUGAUCAAUUAGACUGACGAGACAUCGACCUUUAGCCAUCUCUGAGUCAUACUUUAACAUAAAAUAGAUUUUAUUUUGAAAAAAUCAUCGAAAAUUCUAUUUUUACUCAAAAACCUGACCUUUUCGAAAAAAUCUAAUGAUGGGAAUGGAUUCAGCAGACAAAAUUACAUUAAAAAUGAUCAAUAAGAUUGCCGAGACAAACUUAUUUAACGUUCUGCAAAGCAUUUUUGAUUUUUAUUAUUGAUAUCCCAGCAGAAUUUGACUUGCAUGCAAGUUGGAAAAACUUGAAUGAGAACCAACUGAAAAUAUAAUUUUAAAAUGGCUAUAAAUAUGCGUAGAAACAAUCAAAUUUAAAAAACCAGGGGUGUUUCCGAAAGGGGAAAACGUGAACUUUAAGAAAACUGUAUUGGUUUAGUUGUUUAUUCAAUAGUUCUUUUGUAAAAUAGUCGACAAAGUAGCUAAUUUUGGCCUAAACUAACAUUUCAAACGGGUGUAUCUCAAAAUUGGGACCAUUUGGAGCAAUUCUGGACCCGGAUUCGGAUUCAGCAGGCAAAAUUCUACUAGGAACACAUAUACUCGUCUCAGAGACAAAAUCUUGUUGGACUGUG